AUGGCCCAAGCCAACCCCUCCCUCAAAAUCCUCGACUGCGGCACAGGACCCGGCACAGUCGUUGCUUCUCUCUCCAAGUACAUGCCCCAGGGCACCAUAACCGCCACAGAUCUCUCCCCCGAAGUCGUUGAGCGCGCAGCAUCCCAUGCGAGGGACCAAGGUGUGACGAAUAUGCACUGUCAAGUGGCCAGUAUUUAUGAUUUUCCAUUCGGAGAUGGGGAGUUUGAUGUCGUGCACGCGCAGCAGGUUCUGUGUCAUUUGAAUCAGCCCCUUGAAGCACUUCGGUCAAUGUUGCGCGUCUGUAAGCCCGGCGGGAUCGUAGCAUUGAGAGAACGUGAUCUGAGGAUGUGGAAUUGGUACCCGGACCUUCCUGGGCUGACCGAGUUCACCAAGUGCAUCAGGGCCGUCAUGACCGCUGCAGGAGGUUCAGAAGACAUGGGCGUGAGACUUGUGUCAUUGGCGAUGCAGGCUGGCGUCAAGAGGGAAGAUAUUACAGCGACUAUGGGGACGUGGUGUUAUAGUACGAGAGAGGAACGGGAAAUGUGGGGAGAAACGAUGAGGGAUAGGAUCAAACAUGGGGAGAUGAGGAGAAAGGUUCUUGAGGGGAAUCUGCGCUGGGAUGAAGGGGAGAUGGAUGAGAUGGCAAAGGCGUUGCGGGAGUGGAUCGAGGCUGAGGAUGGAUGUUUUGGGUGUAUGCAUGGGGAGGUGAUUUUGAGGAAAGCUUAG